AUGCAGCUGUUAAUGGCAUCGCAAUUCAGAUGGGUUCGCUGAUACUGCAUAAGCAACUGGCCCGGACUGCGAAGGGCUCGCACACGAUAUCCCGCUGCAGGUAAUAACAGUUUUACUAUAUACCGCAAUGCAGUAAGCUUUAUAAACAGGGCUUUAAGCCCGGCUCAGAGUCGAAAGGGAGUCCACAAUGGCCGACGCGGAGAACACUACGAAGGCUCCACCCAGGGCGCCGGAAAAGUCAAAGCCGGCCAAAAACCGGACCUCGGAGCUCAUGCGGCCAGACCCAGUGCCCCAGGGUGCGGUAUGGCCGCCCGUUGCAGCUGGGUUCGGCGUGACACCUUGGCCCCUGGGCGGACCGUUCUGGCCGCCCGUCACUCCGCUGCGCCUGGGCGCCGUUUCGCCAGGGAUGCCGUUCUGGCGCCCACCGAUGCCAAUGCAGCCAUUCAACCCCUUCCUCGCACAUGCGCACGGCAUGCCCCCCGGCGGCAUGCGGCCGCACCCGCUGCUAGGGCCGCCGGGGGCACUGCUGAAGCCGCCCCCUCUCCAUGUGCCGUCGCCGCGGCCACAUGCGCCGCCGCACACGCCGCCUCCCCCAGCCCCUGGGCCAGCCGCCACGCCACCCCUCACACCAGCCCCACCAUCAGCUCCCCCGCCAGCCCCCCCGCCAGCCCCUCCUCCUCCGCCUCCAGCUGCUUCCCCGGCGCCGCCCGCCGUGGACCCGCGGUUCGGCCUGGACCUGCAGACGGCGCUGCUGGCCGCCACCGGCCCACUGCCGCUGUCCGACCUGGGGGCGCUGUGGCUGCGGCAGUUCGGCUGCCCGCUGCCGGCCGACCACCUGGGCUUCUCCUCGCUGCUGGAGCUGCUGCGGGCGCUGCCGCACGCCGUGGCCAUUGGCCGCCCGCCCCACUACACACUCAGCCUGCCGCUGCCAGCAGGGCCGCCGACUGCAGCGCCAGCAGUGGCGGCGGCUGCGGGGAUGGCGGCGGCCCCCGGCACACCGCCCGCGUCAUCUGGUGCGGCGGCGCCGCUCACAAUCCAAAUCCGCAAGUCGGUGGUGCCCAUCCCAACGGGAUCAGGGGCAGGCGCCUCAGCUGUAUCCGGGCAGAGGUACAAGACCAGCACCCCGCAGGCUCCGCGUCCGGCGCUGCCGGUGUUUGCGGCGACGGCCGCUCCUGCCAAGCCAGGGCCGGGCGGACCAACGGCAGGGACACCAGCGCGUAAGGCGCCCUCAACGGCCGCCGCCACCACCGCCACACCCAGCCGGUGGGGGCCGCUGCCCACGCCCACGCCCAUGCCGCUGGAGCCGGGGCGGGCUGCUGCUGCGGUGGUGGCCAUGUCCCCCGAGGCCCGGCAGCAGGCGGUGGCCGCGGGGACUGUGGGCGUGCUGGCCACCCGGGCCGCCGUGCUGGCCUUGUCGGAGACAGCCGCAGCCCGAGCCCUGGCCCUGUCGAAAGCCCUCCGCGCCGAGCCGAAAGAGCCCUCACAGCCCUCACAGCCCGCGCGGGCCGCCCUGCCUGCGCCUGCGCCCGAGCGGCACCGGCCGCUGGUGAGUGUGGCUCUGAAGCAGGUGGCAGCACAGCCCAGUCCGCCCGACAGGGAGCGGAGGAGCAGCCGCCACACUCACCAGCGCCGCCGCCGGAGCCAGGACCGGUCGCACGCCGCCGCUGCUGCGGCCACCGCCGCCGCCAGCGGCCACCCGCCGGUGUGGGGCAGGAGUCCGCUGCCGGAGGGCUACCACCUGGACUCACGCUCCUCCACCUCCUCAUCCUCCUCCUCAUCCUCCUCCUCAUCAUCAUCAUCAUCUGAGUCGUCGGGUUCGGAGUCCUCAUCUGAUUCAUCAUCCUCGGACUCGGAGUCCUCAGACUUGGGGUCCUUGCGGCGGCGGCGGCGCCAGCAGGCGAGCCCACGGAGAGACGAGCCUCAGGAACAGGCCGCAGCUCCGGCAGCGGAGGCAGCGGCGGCUGGAGGUGAUGGCGAUGCGGCGGUGGAGCGGCGGGUGCCUGUGGUGCCUGUGGUGCUGGAGGGGCAGGACCGACAGGCAACUGGUGCUGGUGUAGCGGAUGCUGCUGCGCCGGCGGCAGGACCCACUACGGAGAUGUCAGGUGGUAGCCAGAAGGAGCAGCAGCAGCAGCUGCAGCAGCGGCUGCUCCUGGCCUCAGCUGGUGGUGGCGGGUGCGGCGACGCCAUGGACGUGGAGGUGGACGUUGACGUUGACGGUGUGCGUGCGGCGGAGCAACCGCCCACUCCUCCCGUCGCUCCGCUACUGCCGGAUCUGCUACCAGCUGCCGCUGAUGCGCACGAAACCUGUGCCAGCCUUCGCCUCAGUCUUCCGUCGCACCAGCCACCAGGGGAGCACCAGCAGCAGCCCGAGCAGCCUGAGCAGCAGGUGGAGGAGGGCGGCGGGCCGUGUGCCGGCACCGGUUACUUGCCGGCUGGCCCAGUGGACCCGCCCGGCCAGUCCGGUCCCAGCCCUGGCCCCGGCACUGCCGCUGCUCUGGCUCCCCUUGCCGCGUCCCGUACUGCUGGGGCACACGAGGGCGUGGCGGGGGAGGACGCGGAGAUGGAGGAAGUGGAGGUGGAGGUGGCGGGGGAGGCAAUGGAGGCGGCAGUGGAGGUGGAGGUGGAGGUGGUGGACCUGACCCGGAGCGACUCGUCGGAGCCUGGGGAUGGCCGGGAGGACGAGCACGAGCUGGCAGACAUAGGCACAGCCGCAGUUCCAUGCGCUGGCACUGGCGCAGGCUCCAGCGCCGACGCAGGCACCGGGGUGCCGGAGGGGGAGGAGGGGGAGGCGAAGGAGCAGGAGAAAGAGGAGGAGUUGGGGUUGCAGCCUGGCUCCUCACCCCACGCCCCCGGCGUGGCAGCGGGCAAUGCAGGGGUCAUUGCGGCCGUCAUGGCAGGUGCGGCCGGUGACAACACCUGUGGUGCGGCACCUCGUGGUCACCACGGCACCGCUGGCGGCGCCGCUGGUGGCGCUGAUGUGGAUGGCGGUGCAGACCCGGGGCCUGCAGACCUGCGAGCUGCGGGGUCGCCGCCUCCACAACUCCCUCCCGCACCCCCGCCCCCGGCCCCGCCCCCGCCCGCGUGGUAUGACGUGCGGCAGGACGCAGCGCUAGCGGCGGAGGCGGCGGAGGCGGAGGCGGAGGCGGAGUGCCCAGGCCCGAGCGCAGGGGAGUCCGGCCCAGCCGCAGGGGGUGAAGCCGUAGCAGUAGCACCUGCGGAGGAGCCAGCAGCGGCCGUAGCAGUAGCAGUAGCAAUGGCACCUCCGGAGGAGGCAGCAGCGGCAGCAUCCGCAGCCGCACCAGCUUUGGAGGAGGAGGCAGACAUGACGAACAUGGCCGAGCCGCAUGCGGUGGCGGCGUCAGGGGACGUGGCGGCGGCGGCGGCGGAGGGGGAGGGCGUUGACGAGGAGGAAGAGGCGUCAGGAGAGGUGGCGGCCGUCCCGCGGGUGCUGGUGGAGGCGGGGGUGACGGCGGCGGACGAUACCUCCGCGUGUGAGGGGCCAGAGGCACGGCCAGCGCCCGGAGCGGCGGCGGAGGCGGAGGCCGGAAUUGGGGCGGAGGAGGCGGCGGCCCGAGGUGUAGGGGAGGGUUUGGCACUGGGCGUGCCGGCAGCUGUGGCGCCCGCUGCGGCCGUGGGGCCAAGCGCGGGCGCCGAAGCGGCGGUGUCACAGUCAGAGGUGGAGGUGUGGGUGCGUGAGGAGGUGGAGUCGGGGCCAGGCGCCGGGCAGGAGCUCUGGCGCGAGGUCGACACCUCUACGCCGCCACCACCGCCGCCACCACCACCGCCACCACCACCGCCCCCGCCGCCGGCUGCCGCUCCACCUCUAGCACCGCAGCAGCUGCAGCAGGCGGCAGUGGAGGUGGCGACGGAGGGCACAGGCAGUGACAUGGAGCUGGAUGAGGAGGAGGAGGAAGGAGGGAAGGUGGACGGCGGCUGGGGGGCGUGGCGGGGGCGGCAAGCACUGGUCGCAGUGGGCACGGGCGGUGACGAUGACAUGGACAUGUGCAGCGCGUGUGAGGAAUGCGAGGGGUGGGAGGUGGAGGCCGAGGCAGGGGCGGCGGUGGCACAGUCGCUGCCCUCGGUCAGUCCGGCAGUAGCAAGCAGUGUGCAGCACUGCCUCGCCGUGGCGGCAGUAGCAGCAGGCGACUGCCCUCAACUGAUGCAGCAGGAGGUGCUGCCGCCGCCGCCGCCACUGCCGCCGCCGCCGCCAUUGCUGCUGCCACCGCCGCCGCCGCUGCCGCCACCGCCACCAUUGCUGCCGCAGUCGUUACAGUCGCCGCACUUCAUGCCUCCACCACAGCAUCAGGCGCCGCAGCAGCCGGAGCUGUCGCAUCAGUUUGCCCCCAUAUUCACGCCUCAUCAGCUGCCCCUUGACCUGUCGCCUCAGCAGCUGCCCCUUGACCUGCCGCCGCCGCAGCAGCAGCAGCCGCAGCAGCCAGCGGUGCUCCUGCCUCCGCCGCCCUUCCAGUGCCUUCAGCCGCUGUCGCCACCGCCGCAGCUGCACCUGCCGGCGCCGCAGCUGUCGCCACAGCCGCCGCCGCCGCCGCCGACUUGGGGUCCUUCGCCAGCAUCUGCGCCGCCGCCGCCGCUUCACCAGCAGCCGCAGCCGGCCUUUCAAGAGCUGCAGCCGAACCCCUUUCAGGAACCACAGGAGCAGCCCUUUCAGCUGCCAGUGCUUCAGGAGCCGCAGCCCUUGCAGGACCCGCCCCAGCAGCAGCAGCAGCAGCCCCAGCAGCAGCAGGACUCGCAGCAGCAACCGGCCUCCGAGGCCCCGCCCCGCUUCUUGGCGCCCGGCGGUGUCGACCUGCUGUCCGCCGCCGCGCCGCUCUUCCAGCCGCCCCUGGCGCCGCCGCCGCCGCCGCCCCUCCAGCCGCCGCUGGAGGCCCGCUUCGCCGCCUUUGUCCGGCUGCUGCGGCGGCUGCUGCUGCUGCACCGCGACUGGCCGCGCGGCGGGCUGCCCGUGUCGCUGCUGCCCGGCGCCUGGCGGUCUGCGUACGGCUGCCCGCUGGUGCCGGCGGCCUGGGGCGGCGGCGGCUGCGGCGAGCUGCAUCAGCUGGUGGGGCGGGCGGUGUGGGCGGGCGCGGCGGCACUGGCCCCGGCUGACCUGCCGGGGGAGCCGCAGGAGCAGCAGCAGCAGCCGCCGGUCCGGGAGCGAGGGCGAGAGCCACAGCAGCCGCAGCGGCCGGGGAGGGGGGCGGGUCGGGACCAGGUGCUGAUAGGGGUGGUGGACACCGGGGGUGCUGAGGAGCUGGUGGUGGCGGUGUGGGAAGACAUGCUGCGGCACAAACACAAUCUCAACAUGGGCCACCACCCCCAGCACCAGCACCCCCAGCACCCCCGCCCGCCGGGCGACCCGCUCGGUGCCGCGUGGCCGCCGCCGCAACUAGGGGUGCAGGUGCAGCCAGCGGCGGCGCCGGAGGCUGGCCCCGCCGCGCACGUGUCCUACGAGGCCGUGUGUGCGGGCGUGCGCUACUGGCUGGGCGGGCAGGGUGUGGAGGAGCUGCGGCCUCCGCUGGAGCCGCCGCCCAGCCUGCAGCGACUGAGGCAGCUGGACCGCCGGGUGGGGGCGACCAUGGAGGCCUACUGCGCGGCCAGGUGUGUGGUGACCCUGUGGGAGCUGGAGCGGCACGUGUGUGCGUCCGAGGGCGUGGAGGCCUUUGGAGAGCUGCGCCUGGGGCCGCUCACAGCGCACCCCGUGGUGCGGAGGACGUUCUUUGCGGGCCUCGUCAAGGGCGGCAGGCGGAGGAGGCUCUUCACCGGGGCGGAGGCGGGCCCUCCCGCCGAUUACGGCUUCCCGCCCCUCAGCGCCUUCGACGUGGCGGCGGCGCUGCGGCGUGUGGCGGCGGCCCGCGGGCUGGCCUGGUGCCGCGCCGCCGCCAGCGGCAACGUCGCCAGCUCCCAGCCCCACACGGCCCUGGUGGCGGCGGUGCUGGAGGAGCUGGACCGCGGGCUGAGGGCCUUGGCGGUGCACGAGGAGCGCAUCGCCGCUCACGUGCACGCCGCAAACCAGCCGGCAGGAGCAGCAGCACGAGGUCGAAAGGGCACGGGCGGAGCCGGAAAAGGAGACGGCGGCGGCGGCAGCGGCGGUGGUGGCGGUGCGCGGCCGCCGCCGAUUGUGGAGUCCUCCACGUGGCCGGACUGGUGGCUGCCGUCGGGCUGUGGCCAGCUGUCGCGCUACCCGGCGGAGGUGCGCGCCACGGCCCUGGCCCUGCGGCUGGGCGUGUUGGUGUGCGACCUGCAGCUGUAUGUGGAGGUGGCGGUGGCGGCGCUGAGGGAGGAGCAGUGGGGCGCGCUGAGGGGCGCCGUGGCGCGGCCGGCUGAGGAGGUGCGGCGGCUGGCGGCGGAGGUGCCGGCGCGCUACCGGGCCGCAUUCGAGGCCGGCAGGCAGCCCGAGGCGGCGGGGGCGGCGGCGGCGGCGGCGGCUCUACCGACUGCGACAAAGGCGGCAGCGACAGCGGCAACAGCGGCACCAGUGAAGGCAGUGGCUCAGGCGAAGGCUCAGCGUCCGCCUGUGAAGGAGGGGAAGGAGGAGGGGGAAGAAGAGUCGGAGGACGAGGAAGAGGAGGAGCAGCUGCAGGAGGAGGAGGAAGUGUGUGAGCAGGAGGAGGAGGCAGAGGAAGGGACACAGACAAAGUCCGGAAAGCCGCAGGCUGCGAAGCAGCCUGACAAGCCCCCACAGCCGCCGCAGCCGCGAGCACAGCCGCCGGCCUCGUACGCGACCCCGGCGCAGCAGCUGCUGACCCGGCGGAUCUGGAUCCAGAUGGACACGCAAUCACAGCUGCACAAGGCGACGGCGAAGGCAGCGGCAGGGGAGGCAGCGCUGCCGACCCUUCAAAAGCCCGCCGCCAAGCCGCAGCCACCUCCUCUGCCGCCCCUGCCGCCGCCACCGGCGACCACCACGGCGACCACCACGGCGACCACCACCACCAAGGCGAAGGCCAAGCUGCCCAAGCACAAGCGGCAGGCGCUCAAGGCCGUAGAGGUGCAGGCAGCCCAGGCCCGGCGGCUGAGCUGGAGCGACCCCGCACUGCCGCGACUGCCCCCCACGCCGCCGGCGCCCGAGCUGCUGGUGCGGCAGGGACACCAGCUCAAGUCCGCCAUCACGCGCUCCGCUGUGCUGUGUGCGCUGCGCCGCGAGCCGCCGCUGCCUCCCUCCCUGCCCGCGGGCGGCUACGGCUUCCUGCAGCGGCUGCUGGAGGACUUCCCGCACUCGGUGGCGCGCGGCAAGCAGCCACACCCCCUGUACAUGGCCGGCUCCGUGCACGUGCCGCGGUCUGCGCUGCUGCCCGCCGACCUGCCCGCCUUCGCCCUGAGGGUGGAGGACUGCCUGGCAGCGCUGGCCGCGGCGGAGGAGGCAGCGGCGCCGGAGGCGUGUCGGGAGGAGGGGCGCAAAGAAGGCCGGCAGCCGCCGCAGCAGCAGCCGGUGGCGGCGGCGGCAACUGCCGCCGCAGCCGCCGCCACCCUCAAACUCGCGCCCGCCGCAGCCCAGGCCGCCCGCGGCCCGCCGCCCCGGCUGCCUCUGCCUGACGAGGGCGCGGUGGCGUGCGGUGUGCCGCGUGUGCUGCGGGCGCCCGAGGCCUGGCUGGGCUCCGUGCUGAGGAACCUGGAGGAGCUGCCGGGCGGCGGGCCGGACCCGGGGAAGUACCCAGUGGCGCCGCCGGAGUGGGAUGGAGGCAGCUUCCUGGCUGUGGCCAACAGCGUGUGUGUGCGGCGUGAGCUCAUGCGUGUGUUCCCCGACCUCACCUCCCCCGACUUCACAGCCCACGACCUCGCGUCGGCCUUCGGCGCGCGUGUGCGGCAGCUGCUGACGGGCGCCCACACGGAGGUGCGGGCGGCGGCGGAGGUGGGCCCGCGCGACUCCUUCUACAGCCAGGCGCUGCAGCGGUUGGCCAAGGACCUGCUGGGCGCGCUGUGUCGCGGCGAGGCGGCGGCGCUGGUGACGGGGGCGGACAGCCGGCGGCUGGGCCGGACGGGGCAGCUGGCCCCAAUCAAGUACGGCAGGCAAAAGCACCGGGCUGACACGCUGGCGCCUGAGGCGGUCACCACCCGUGUGAACGCAGUGGUGGGCCGCCUGUGCGCCAGCCCGCUAUGCCACCUGCUCAUCCGCUGCCUGCACACCGCCCUCACCUCCCAGCAGCAACUGCAGCAGCAGCAGCAGCAGCAACAGCAGCAGCAGCAGCAGGAGGGGCCGGGGCAGGGGCCGGGACGCGAGCCAGGGGCGGCAGCAGCAGCCGACGCGGACAAGGAGCAGCCGCAGCCGGCGGCUUCGGAGCAGGUCGAGUGCAGCAGCGGCGGCAGUCAGCAGUUCUGGAGCUGCUGCGAGGAGGGCGAGGGCGAGGCUGUGGGGAUGCAGGUGGAGGUGGCGGCAGUGGCGGGGGCGGGGCCCACCACCAGCAGCAGCGGCAGCGGCAGCUACUACACCGCCUGCGAGCCAGCUGCGGAGGCGGAGUCUGCAGGGGUGCAGGCGGUGCAGGGGGCGGCGGUGGCGGCGGUGGCGGCGGCGGCGGGCGAGGUCGACGUCAGCAGCGCGAGUGAGGCCGACCCGCCGCCUGAGGCCGACCCGCCGCCUGAGGCCGACCCGCCGCCGGGGCCGGCGUCCAUGCCAGCUGCACGUGACACCGUGGCGGGGGUGGGGGCGGGGGUGGAGCCUGGGCUCAGUCCAGCCGCCAACAGGGGCGCAAUAACCCUGUGUGGGACAGCACCCGCACGCGGCGGUCCGCUGCAGGAGGGACAGGGGGUUGGGACUGCCGGCGCAGCUGCCGCCGCUGGCGAGGGCGGGGGCGGGGGCGGUGGCGGUGCUGCGGCGGAGCUGUCCCCGGGGGUGGAGGCGCAGCGGCCGCCCUGGCUGGACGCGGCAGAGGGCGGCAGACGGCAGCGGCAGCGGGUGGGCAAGCGCGGCCGUGACGGGGCGGAGGAAACAGCGGCGACAACGGCAGCGGCAGAGGCGGGGCCACUGCCUCUGCUAGGGUUGGGAGCAGCGGCACCCGUGGGCCGGAGGGAGCCGGAGUCAGCCGCGAAGCGCCACAAGCGGCCUGACGGCGCGGGUCACGUUGCAGGUGUCACAGACAGGGAAGAGGAGCACUGCGUGCCGCCACCCCCACCCCCACCACCGUCCCCGACACCGCCACCGCCGCCAACAGCACCCCCGCCCGCACCCCCAUCCGCUCCGCCACCCCAGCCGCAUCAGUCGACCCAGCCGCAGCACCCGCGCCCCCAGUUGGCCCAACCACAUCAGUCGGUGCCUCAGCCGCCGCAACCGCACCAGCCGCCGCCGCAGCCGCCGCCGCCGGCUGCAGGCGGCUGCUGGCCGGGCCGCCCCGCGGGUCCGCCCACCGCCGCCACCCCCCCUGCCGCCGCCUCUGCAACCGCUGACCUGGCGGCACCGGCACGUGACAGCGCGGACAAUUUGCUCACGGGCCGCUGGGGCGAGGAGCUGGUGUACCGCGACAUCCGCCGCCAGCUGCAGGUGCAGACGCAGCAACAGCCGCAGCAACAGCAGCAGCAACAGCAGCAGCAACAGCACCGCACCUACCACCACCCGCACACGCCACAGCAGCAGCAGCAGCAGCAGCAGCCGGUGUGGGAUGUGGAGUGGGUCAACGCGGCGGGCGAGAGCCACCUGCCUUACGACGUGGUGGUACGGCGGGGCAGCGAGGUGGUGUCGUACAUCGAGGUGAAGGCCAGCACCAGCCUCAGCAAGAAGCAGUUUGAGAUCGGGGCGGGGCAGCUGUUGCGGGCGGCGCAGGAGCUGGGACCGCGCUGGGAGCUGGCGCUGGUGCGGGGGGCACGCGGGCCCUGCCCCAACAUCGUGCGCAUCCCGCACGCGCUGCGGGCGCUGCGGCAGCGGCGCAUCCAGCUGUUUGUGGGGCUGGCCGGCGCCGAGGAGUGAGCGCGACUGCGACUGCAACUGCGCAGGCAGCCCGGCGGCCUUGCAACGAACAAAUGCCUCAAGUACGAGCCUGAUGGGGCUGAACCGGGAACGUGAGCGUGUUGGUGUGGCGCUGCAGCGAUGCUGAUGACGGACGAGUGAUCGCUAUCAAUUAAGUAAUGCAUCUAGAACUUGAACGCAAAUGGUUGCAGGCUGGAUGCCUGAAUUAUUGGUCAUCAUUGCUUGCGGGCCUCCGUUGUAAUAUAGAGUCACAGCGCGCGAGGCUAACGCGGCAAGGGGCCCAGAUUGGCAUCACGUCCGCUGCAGCUGCACUGAGCAUUCAGCCGCUUAGCUAUGGCGUAGUUUUGCUUCAGCUGUGGUGUGGGGCGUUCUACGGCAGACAGAGGCGGUAACACGCAUUGCGUGAACCCCACAUGCUGGGCUGGGUGUAUGGCACAUGUGAUGCAAGGCGUGCGGU